AUGAGCGAUUCAGUAUCCUCCACUCGCCUUUACCUGGGCAAUCUCCCUCGCGAUGUCACCAAAGAGGAGAUCACGCAGCACUUUCAGGACGGGCCAGGCACCAUAAACGAGAUCAAAAUAAUGAAUGGCUUUGGCUUCUUGGAGUAUGAGGACGCCGCUGAUGCGCGUGAUGUCGUGCCUCAUUUCCACGGAUCUGACUUCAAGGGCAAUCGCUUGACGGUCCAGUUCGCUCGUGGCUCGCGUCCUCGAGACUACCCAGCUCCUGAGCGCCCUCGUCCACCACGUCCCCGGCGUACCGCAUUCCGCAUGCAGAUCACGGGUCUUCCGGUGGAAACUUCCUGGCAGGAUCUCAAAGACUUCGCUCGUCGUUCUGGUCUAGACGUGGUGUAUUCGGAAAUUGGGCGUGAACGCGAUGGUAGAGGUUUCGUGGAAUUUGAAACUGGUCCAGACCUCAAAGUCGCUGUUGACAAGCUUGACAACCAAGAUUUCAAAGGUACCUCUGUUCGCUGCAUAUCCGAUAUCCAAGAGGAGGUUCCAGGUCGUCAGGACUCGCGCUACCGUUCCCGCUCUCCGCCUUCAUUCCGCGGACGCGGAGGGUACCCGCCGAAUGGAGGUUACGAUUACGACCGUCGUCCACCACCACCCCGCGGCUACAGCCCUCGCCGUGAGGAAUAUCGCCGCCGCUCACCUCCCCCUCGUGACGAUUACUACGGCCGUCAUGGUAGCUAUCGAUCGCCACCCCGCGGUCCACCUCGUGGUGCUCCCCCAAUGGAUGACGGGUAUGGCGCUCCGCGUGGGGGUUACGGUCGAGAGCCUGACCCAUACAGCGCUCCACCUCGGCGUGGCGCAUACGACGACCCUUAUGCUCGAAAUGGCGACUAUCCACCCCCUCGUCGAUCUCCUCCUCCACCGAGGGGCUACGGGGGAGGAUAUGGGGAUGAACGUCAGUCGAGGGGAUACUGGUGA